AUGGACAUUGUGGAGAAGGUCCUCUCUGUGGCCCAGGCCAUCCACGCCCAGUUUGAGCAGGUGAAGUGCUGUAAGCACCGGUGCCAGCGCCUAUUGGAGCGCAUCCAGAUCCUCCUGGAGCCCGUGAGGGUCCUCAAGGCUCAGCCACCAAAGCACAUUUCCCACCACGAAGAGGAACUGCUGAAGAAGCUGCUCCAGGCGCUAGGGGAAGCCCAGAAACUGGUGACGAAAUACAGUCAGACCAGCUGGAUCCAGAAGUUCCUGAGAGCCCACAGCACCAGCGAGGAGUUUGUCUGGGUGAAUGAGAGCCUGGGGGACAUCGCCCAGGGGCUCGCACUCCUGCUGCAGGCAGAACAGAAGCAGGUUUUCCUGGAGGCUUUCCAGGCCAAGACGUGUCGCAGGCAGGAUGCUGAGGACCUGAGGGACGACGAGGCUUUCUUGGACCAGGUGAUUGCAAGCACCGAGGAGCCCAGGGACGUGGUCAGGGAGAUCUACAUCGACAGGCAAUGCAUGGAGAGCAAGGUCGACUGGGUGCAAAGCGAGCUGAACAAGAUUGUGCGUGUCAUGGAGUCCUUGAAGAAGGUCAACGUUGGUAAAAGAGAAGACAUCACCGAAAUCGAGCGGGACCACCUCACCUUCUACAGGCACCUGCAGGACACCGAGACCUACGACCUCUACGAGGGCGAGUACCUCAAGUACCCAGUUGCCAUCCAAACCUUCAAGAGGCCACUGACCACUGACCCGGAGAAGGUGAGAGACAUCUUCGUGAAGGAGAUUCAGACCCUGAAGAAGUUUGAGUCUCCAAACAUCCUGCGCAUGUACGGGAUCUGCAUUGAGGAGAAAGAUGGGAGCCCCUGCUUCUCCAUUGUCAUGGAGUACUGCAAGCACGGGACGCUGCGGGAUGUGUUGACCAAGCAACAGGAUCUCUCCUGGGAGAUCCGCAUUCGGAUGGCCCUGGGAGCUGCCAGAGGCCUUUACAGGUUGCACCAGACGGAGGAGAAGUCCCGACUCCAUGGCUGCAUCUGCAGCAGCAAGUUCCUGGUGGCCGGCGAUUACUGUGUGAAGCUGUCGGGAUUUGAGCUGUGUGAAACGGAGUCAUCCAUCAAGAGGAAAGCCAAGAAUAACUGGAAACGAGUCUCUAUGUUGGCUUACAUCGCCCCUGAGAACCUGAGAGACAUCAACUACCCCUACAAGAGGCCCUGUGAAAUCUACAGCUUUGGGAUUGUGCUGUGGGAGAUUGUGACCUCCAAGAUCCCGUUUGAAGGCUGUACCCCCCAGGAGAUCAUGGAGAAAAUCUGCAACCACCAUUACCGGGACCCUGUUGGGGAAGAUUGUCCUGAAGACCUGAGGAGAAUCAUUGACCAGUGCCGGGCCUUUGACCCUUCCCAACGCCCUUCUGCUGAGGAGAUCGUGGACUCGCUGGCUGACCUGGAGAAAAGCAGAACCCAUGGAAGUUAA